UACCAAAUAAUUUCUGAUAGGCCAGCCACUAGGCAUGCGGGACUCGAUUCGCACGCAUGCCUGGCCACUGAUUCCACCGUCGGUCACACGUGCGAACCGUCUCGCGAGCGCUGCGACGUCCGCUCCCCUCUCUCUCUCCCCUUCAUUUCAGUCUACAACCGAGGGAAGUCGUUCCCCCCACACGCAAAUCCGGUGAAUCCACGUCUCUUCUGCUCCAUUCUUAUUACUUUAUCUUCUGGCUGAGUAAAUCUGGGGUUCUACCUACCUUGCGUCCACAUUCCUGCAUUUCAUUGUUCAUCGCGUUUUUUCUGAAUCACUACACACAUCGGAUGCAGGGUAAGCUGCUGUGAGCAUUCUUGAACAGUUUUCAGCCUAUGCUGCUGAAGUUUCUCGCAGAUUGCGUCGAAUUGUUGGAUGGUGAUCAUGACUAUGAUGGGUAAUAACUAUCUGCAGGCCACACCCUACAAUCUUUUUUUGGAGGAUUAAUUUCAAUUGCCUGUUGCAUUUGACAUGCAUCUUGAUGGGCUUGCAUAUGAUCAACUAUUGGAAACAGCAACUUGGUUCUAUAUUAUUAGUUUAUUUUGCAGUGAGGAUAAACUGUGCUAUCAAUUCAGAUGGUGCAGCACUUCUUAGUUUUAAGUCAGCAAUUGUUGGUUCUGAUGGUAUCUUUCUCCAAUGGAAUCAAGAGGAUCCUGAUCCUUGCAAGUGGAGAGGAGUGACAUGCGACUUACAUUCAAAGAGAGUAACUCAUUUGAGUUUGUCCAAUCACAGGUUGAUUGGAUACAUUUCACCGGAGAUUGGAAAGAUAAACCAGUUAAAAAUAUUAUCUCUACAUGGCAAUAGUUUAUACGGAACGGUUCCUCCAGAGCUUGGAAACUGUACAGCUUUACAGAUUUUGUACUUGCAGGGGAACUACUUGAGUGGUAUUAUCCCUGCAGAAUUUGGUAACCUUUCCGAGUUAGAGAAUCUUGAUGUUUCAAGCAAUACACUGAGCGGAUCUAUCCCUCCAUCACUUGCUAAACUGGACAAAAUGAAAUCAUUCAAUGUGUCGAUGAACUUUUUGACUGGAACAAUACCUUCAGAAGGUGCUCUUCUAAAGUUUGGUGGGAAUUCCUAUCUUGGGAACCGUGACCUUUGUGGGUAUCAAAUUGGCGUUGUUUGCAGGAAUGAGCUUCCAUCACCACUAACCGAUUCUCAAGCACCAUCUUCAGGUUACCAGCAAAACAAAAAAAGCGAUUCUACGAAGCUUGUCAUAAGUGCAGUAGCGACAGUUGGUGCUUUGUUGUUAGUGGCUCUGAUGUGUUUCUGGGGAUGCUACCUUUACAAGAAAUUUGGCAAAGAAGAUGUCAGAAGUCUGGCAAUGGAUGUUACUGGAGGCGCAAAUGUAGUAAUGUUUCAUGGGGACUUACCCUACUCAUCAAAGGAAAUGCUUAAGAAACUUGAAGCACUUACUGAAGAAAAUAUUAUUGGUUCUGGUGGAUUUGCUACUGUAUACAAGCUGGCUAUGGACGAUGGCAAUGUUUUUGCGUUGAAAAGGAUAAUGAAGACAAAUGUUUCUUUAGACCGUUUCUUUGACAGUGAGCUUGAAAUUUUGGGCAGCAUUAAACAUCGUUAUUUAGUCAAUCUACGGGGUUAUUGCAAUUCACCCUCGUCAAAGUUGUUGUUAUAUGACUAUCUAGCUGGUGGAAGCUUAGAUGAAGUACUACAUGAAAAAUCGGAGCAAUUGGACUGGGAUGUCCGCCUUAAUAUCAUAUUAGGGGCUGCAAAAGGUCUUGCAUACCUGCAUCAUGAUUGUUCACCGCGAAUCAUACAUCGUGACAUUAAGUCAAGCAACAUAUUACUUGAUGGGAAUCUGGAGGCUCGUGUAUCAGACUUUGGACUUGCAAAACUAUUGGAAGAUGAAGAGUCUCAUAUCACAACAAUAGUUGCCGGAACUUUUGGUUAUCUAGCUCCAGAAUACAUGCAGAGUGGUCGGGCAACUGAAAAGUCGGAUGUGUACAGUUUUGGAGUUUUGGUUCUUGAAAUAAUGAGUGGCAAACGGCCAACUGAUUCUUCAUUCAUUGAGAAAGGCUUGAACAUUGUAGGAUGGUUAAAUUUCUUGGUUGCGGAGGAUCGGAGGAGAGAUAUGGUUGACUCACAAUGUGAUGGAGUGCAGCUUGAAAGCUUGGAUGCUUUGCUCUUAGUUGCAAUUAGGUGUGUGUCUUCCAAUCCUGUUGAUCGGCCAACCAUGCAUAGAGUGGUGCAGAUACUCGAAUCAGAAGUCAUGACUCCAUGUCCUAGUGAUUUCUAUGACUCCAGCUCAGAUUGAAAAAAAUGAAAGUCUUCUCAUACACGUUAUAGCCGAGGCUUCAUUGAUUUUCUUUAUUUGUUUUUGUUCUGUCUGCAUUUUAUUCUAUAUGUUUAUAGGCAACAACAGCAUUGCUGCUGUCAUUUAGUUCCAUUAUUCUUAACAACGUAGAAUUUUUCACGAUUUCUUCUGCUUUCCAGCACUAUUGUUUAUUUUGAAAGUAGUGCAAUGGUAUCCAUCAACAUUAACUGCUACGUAGUUGCAAAGCUUUUGAAGCUGGACUGCUUAAGCUGAAAUUAAAAUUUCAUCUGUGACAGUUGUAUCAACGGAAAUUGAAUCUGUUUUUGGUUGGA